AGCACGAUAUGGGGUGCCCUUUUUUAUGAUCCCUGCAAGUGCUGCCCUUGAUUUCAGAAGUCUUCGUUGCCUUCCAAAGCAACAAAUCGUUCUCAACUCAGGUCAACUCAGGUCGAGACGGACACCCGCACCAUGGGGGAAAUGAGCCAGAACAAAUUUCUCAGUGCAACAGAGCUGCCCGAUGCCAUUGACUCGGAGGAAGACCUUGAAGAACUGCUAUCGCGCCCUCCAACAUGGCUCCCCGAGCUGCUAAGAACAGUCGAGGGAGACAUCAUGUUCCUGGGGAUCGGUGGCAAGGUCGGUCCAACAAUAGCACGCAUGGCAAAACGAGCGGCUCCGUCUAAGCGUAUCAUCGGCGUAGCGCGAUUUUCCGAACGUGGUCUCCGGGAACGGCUUCAGAGCUGGGACCUCGAGACAAUCAAGUGUGACUUACUCGAACGUGAGUCGGUUGGUGCUCUCCCAGACGUGGCGAACAUUGUGUACAUGGCCGGCAAGAAGUUCGGCACAGGCGAAGACCCCAGUUUUGCUUGGGCCAUGAACACAUACGUCCCGACCAUUGUUGCCGAGCGGUUCAAGUCAUCACGCAUCGUUGCCUUCUCUACGCUCUGCGUGUACGGCUUUGCGCCCAUCGCUGGUGGCGGCUGGGAUGAGAGUGUCCAGCCCGAACCGACAGGCGACUAUCCGACAAGUUGCGUUGGACGUGAGAGAAUGUUUUCAUACUUCUCCCGAAAACACAACACACCAGGGCGGCUGAUUCGACUGAAUUACGCAAUCGACAUGCGUUAUGGUGUUUUACAUGACAUAGCCAACUGGGUCCGGACCGGUACUCCAAUCCCCAUUGGCACAGCAUACGCUUCGGUAAUCUGGCAGGGCGACAGCAAUGCCCAGAUCCUCGGCGCCCUCGCCCACGCCACGACACCGACGAGCCCGUUGAACGUGGGUGGUGCUGAGCAUAUGAGUGUACGCUUGGCCGCGAUGGAGUUUGGCCGCCGAUUCGGCAAGGAACCGAUAUUCGAAGGCGAAGAAAGGUUAACGGGAUGGUACAACAACACGCUUGCAGCGCAGCGGCUGUAUGGGUACCCUGUUGUUCCACUUGCAAAGUUGAUCGACUGGGUGGCCAAUUGGGUGGCAAAGGAUCUGCCGUCGUUGAAUAAGCCGACGCACUAUGAGGAGCGUGGUGGGCACUUCUAGGAUAUCAUGUCGAGGAGGAAGGAUUUCGCCGAGCAAGGAGACCGGCUGUUGCCAAAGUUGAGCGUCAUUUCUAUCUUGUAUGGAAAGCUAGAAAGAGUAUCCGACUGCCAGGUUGCUGGUGGUC